UCUUUGUCGAUGGACGAGUCCAACAAUACCAACAAUAAUAUUAAGGGCAGUGGUGUUUCUACAGGUGGGCUGCUUGUUGAGACAACCAGAGCAGAUAAAGCAGUGUGGCUCAUGAAAUGCCCUGCAUUAGUCUCUCACUCUCUAAACAACCCAUCUUCUGAUGAUCUCUCUCGCCCUAUUGCCAAAGUCAUUCUCUCCAUCGACCCUCUUAACUCCAGCGAUGAUAACUCUUCUCGUCAGUUCACCAUGGAAUUGGCUGAUAAUGAAUCUGGAAACACACCCAAGUCUUACUCUAUGGAUAUGUCUGAAGAUUUCAUUCCCAUGUCUGUAUUUUCUGAGUCAUCUCAAGGAAAGAUUUCUGUGGAAGGAAAAAUAUUAUUUAAAUUUGACAUGAGACCACAUAAUGAAAACCUUGAGAAUUAUGCAAAAAUCUGUCGUGAAAGGACAAAGAAAUAUAUGACGAAAGGGAGACAAAUACAGGUCAUUGACAAUGAUAAUGGGAGUCAUAUGAGGCCUAUGCCACUAAUGAUUACCUCUGGAUCCAGCGAAAAGAAGAAACCACCUCCUAAGGCAACAGACACAAAAAGAACAAGAAGAGACCGUGGAGAGAUGGAAGAUAUCAUGUUUAAGCUGUUUGAAAGGCAAUCAAAUUGGACAUUAAGACAAUUGAUCCAAGAGACAGACCAACCUGAACAAUUUCUGAAAGAUAUCCUUAAAGAACUUUGUGUCUACAACAACAAGGGAACCAAUCAAGGAUCAUACCAAUUGAAGCCAGAAUACAAGAGGACAUGUGAGGAAUCAGGUCCUAAAUGAUUUUUUCUUUUGAAAUCAAAUGUAGAAAUCUUAUUAAUCCAAUAUGGAAGACCUUAAAAGCAACAAUUAGAUUUUUUUUUCUUU